AUACUGUAGCUUUAAGUGGGGUGUUCCUCGAAGCGAGAAGAAUGAGGAAAUCUGAGCGCUUCUGCGGCGCCCGAACGAAAGCGGGUCGGGUUUGAGCCCAUUGGCUGCAGAAUCCGGACUGGAAAAGAACGGUCAACAACACAAGACAUCCCCUGACAGUCAAGCUGAUGUAGCUACGAUCCAGUCAUGGCAGAAUCCACGGUAAACCACGGAAACACUGAGAACAACACUGUGAGCGACGGAACCCCCAGCCAGAAGACCCCGGAGUAUGUGGCCUUCGUGCUGGUGCCCAUCUUCUUCCUGCUCGGCCUUCUGGGAAUCCUGAUCUGCCACAUUCUGAAGAGGAAGGGCUACAAAUGCACCACUGAAUCUGAGGAAGAGGAGGAAGAGGUUCUGGAGGACAAGAAAGACCUGGAGGCAGGAGCCCCAGAUCUGGACAACACCUUCAAUGACAGCAACAGCGACACCGUGAACCAGAUCGUUCAUUACAUCAUGAAGAACGAAGCUAACUCCGAUGCAUUGAAAGCCAUGGUGCAUGGAAACAGCGUGGAUUCAGAUGACCCCAGCACCCCGAACUCUCCCAAUACGCCCACAACGCCCAUGACCCCCAUGACCCCCACAACUCCCAUGACCCCCCUGUCCCCGGGGGCUCCAGCAGGCGCGCUCAAGCACACCUGCAGUCACCUGCACACCGUGGGGGGGGCGGGCGGGCAUAAGAACAUCUGCGGCCGCUGCAACCAGAAGAAGUGGCCCGUGAUGCGCCGGUCCAGCAGGGGCAGGGGGGACAGGCGGAGUCACCUGGGUGAGGUCACCGUGCUCGCCGUGGGCAGAUUCCGCGUGACGAAAUGCGACCCCAAGACGGCGAAAGAGAGGAAGACUCUGAUCAUAACCGAGAAAAACGGGGGCGUGACCCCGUCUCCCACGGAGACGGAACCGAGGAGCAGAGCAACCUCCGUGCGGCAGGAAGAAAAUGACAGUGCAAAGUGAUUAACGCUAAGGAGCUGGGCCUUUUCCCAUGGUAGGACAGCUGAAGAGCAUCUGGCUGCGUAUCCAUAGAGGAAAGCGGAUGGGAAGAUUUUGUAUGUUUUUAACCAUAAAUUUAGUGAAGAGCACGUUGGCUAGCGGAGACCUGUGCUUGCAUGAGGAGAGAGGACCUACGCGCCCCCCCACCUGCUCACGCACAGGUUAGUGGAUGAAGAUGAGGAAGACAACGGCCACCGCCAAACGGAUGCUCCUCCUCCGCUGCCAUCGCGAAGGUUUCACGUCACAUGGUGUGAAGUGCAGGUGGCGGAAAUGGGACGUGCUACAAUCGGCCAGGCUCCUGAAACACUCCACACACACACACAAACACUCACUCACAGAGCACGCACACAAGCGACAACACCAACAGUCGUCGCAGGUCAACAUUCCUCUAGCAGUCUGCUGCCUACUAUCCAGCACAUACAUUCACAUCUCUCUCUUUGUCUCUCUCUCUCCCCUGCUGUCUCUCUCUAUUAAGCCUUUUUACAAUGUGUAUGUAUACAGUAAUAUAAUUUGACAUAGCACUAGUCCAGUCUACAGCUUCCCUUCAAUUUUCUUUCAUUUCCUCCCUCUGGCCUCCCAUAAUGCAUAGCAGAUGCAUGACGCCUGUACGAGAAGCUGUUCUGAACACACUCUAAUAAGUGCGCUUAUUCAGAAACCGAACAACGUGCCUACUGUUUCAAAUCCUCUUUGGAGUGCAAUCCCUUAAGCAUCACAAUGUCUUCAUUUGCCAAAGAAGUGCAUGACUUUUGCACAGUGCUGCCUCCACCAAACACCUAAAACCGAUUCAUUUUAUCUUGUAGUCAUUAUAUCCUCAGAAUAAAUGCCAAUGGACAGUGUCAGUGUCAGAAAAAAAAAAUCUAUUUUAAACUUGUUUUUUUUUUUUAGGUAACUAUGAUGAAAGGCUUUGUUUUCUUUACAUUUAAACUGUAGUCCUCAGAAGCCCUUGAGAUGUAAGUGUGUGUGAGACUCCUCAUAUACCUCAUGUAGCAAUCCCAUUCAGGGCCUAGGUAGCUUACGGCAUAUUUAGCCUUGUACAUGAUGUAAUAGGAUGUGACACGCCUCAGUUAAAUGGGCUUGGUGACGGAACCAAAGAACUCAAAACAAAUGUUGGAUGUGGGAGCGUUUUCACGCACGCAUGCAUCUGACCAUUCACUGGACCAUUAAGAGGUCUCUUCUGUAGUUUGCUUGCUGUCUGUUUUUCCAGUUAUUUCAAAUUUAUUUCUUUGUCCUGUUUACGAAAUCCAUUUUUUAUAUUAGUUUCACUGUAAGGUGUGUGCAAGAUCCUGUGGAGUGGUUGAUUGUUCCCUUCGUUGUGUGUGUGUGUGUGUGUGUGUGUUUGCGUGCGUGCACGUGCGUUUAUGUGUAAAGCGAGAACAAUCAUUCACUUCAUUCACAAAGGCAAAGCAACUAAUCACAUGGUUCAAAGAUAUUUACUGCAUAUGAUCACUUCAUCUUUGGGUCCUGUCUUGUAUCCCUUCUUUUAUUUCCAUGUGACUUCCUCUUCACUGCCAUAUAAUCCGAAAACAUGAAGGCCUGUUGGCUAUGCCUUAAUAGCAGUGAAAACUGCAUACCAACUUUCUACAGUGAAUUAACGCAUUAUUAAUAAUCAUAUAAGAAGCUUCAAAUAUAUUAUGAGUAAUAUCUAUUGAUCAUAUACGUGUGAAUGUAUUUUAUGUCUUAUUUUAAACCGCAAUGUAAACCAUCCCAAAUCCAUCUGUACUUUCCUUUAUUUUUCCUUUCAUUUUAUGAGCUUCUUACAAACGGCAAGAUUUACAGUGAUCCAGAAUUAAAACUGAUGACCUUCAGUUAUGGUUUUUGUCAACAGGAACAGUCAGGUCACACUGACGUAAACAGGGACUCAGUAGGCCUUCAGUUUGUUCAGAUCUGUUUUUUUUUCUUCAAAUUUUCCAAAGUGUGUGCUGCUGGACCCUUUUGGCUGGGGAUAAUGGAAGUCUUUGGCUAGAAGUAUAAGCUGAAAUACAAAUGCCUAGCAGCAGUUGUUGUAUCCUGUAGUGGUGAUGACUGAAUGUAACCUUUGUCAACUGUACAUGGUUCUCCAUCUCUCAAACUAAUGCAGCUACUUAUUACAGGGAUAAAUAUUACACACCAACCAGCAAGGUUUUAACAAAAUAUGCUUUCAUCAAAAGAGGCCGAGACUGUAAUUUAUAUUUUUUUAGUAUUGUCUAUUGGUGUAAAAGAAUUGUUUAUGCUCCAUGUUAGUCUGUAGCCUAAAGGCAGUGCUUUCAGAUCAGGUUUUCUGUCUAGUCUGAGAAUCCGGGUUUCAUCUGUGAUCUCGCCAUGACUUCUGGAUUUAUGGGAAAUAACAAUUGGAGUUAGGUGGGUGUAACAUGGAACUGAUUCCAGAUUUAUACAAAGAGCCAUGUUCUGUUUUAUUCAGUACUCUGUAAAUGCUAACUACAAAUAAUAAAACAAAUAAAGCUAA